AUGACACAUUCAAAGCCAAAACAUGAUAAGGAUACCAGACUAGAUCGUCAUAGUAUGAAUCCAAAGAGCUCUGCAUAUGGAAAUAAAUCAGGUGUUAAAAGAGGUUCGGGUCAAUAUAAUUGGGGAAAGGAAGGUUCUAUAUGUGAACAGGAACUUAGCAUUGAUUCUGGAGAUCCUAUGUAUAACGAUGAAAAAAAAGAUACAAUAAUAAAAAAUUAA